UUCAUAUGUGUGAAAACGUGAACACGCUACGAGUCGUGGUUUCUAGGGCUUCAUUUCAUCAUUUUUGUAAAUCGUCGGAGAUUUUGAAAAGUAAAUUCGGGCAUAAUCAAAGGAUAAGAACAAUAUAAGAUCUUUAAAAUAGUAUGAGUGGCGUGAAUCACGCAACUGUUCGAGUACACUCACCACCUUCACCUAGACUCGAGGCAUCAUCAAUAACAACUCGUCAAAACUAAAACUUACCUUCGAUAUCAAAGAUAUAUAGCCUUCGCAGAAAUUGCUGUAACCACGAGUUACGACUUUCUUUAGGACCUUUCCAUCGUUCUCAAGCCAUUUCUCGACGAAAGUUGAAUCAAAAUAUGAAAUAUUUUAAGAAAUUUCGGCCACGCGACAGAAUCUAUGACUCCCCCAGCCGUAGUGACUAAUCCAGCCUCGACUUAAUGCGUCACGCAAUCCAAGAUGGCGCUGCGUGAUAAAAGUCUAAUGACUUGCUUCUCUUUGAGAGAAAGAACAUCUGUCUGAAGUUUGGACGCUUUCAACGUAGGAAAGAUACUCAAGAAGAAACGUUAUCAUAACGAAAGUUUCAGCUGCAACUACUGAAGGAUAUGUCCGCCGCUUCAGAUUAUCCGGAGAUCGUGCCGAAGAGUGCAUCUGAGGCUAGAGGAAUAGACUUUUGUGGUACUAAACACAGCUUCUAUAUUAUCCGAUCUGAUGUGGGUGUCUACAUGAGGUGCAAAGAUAUUCACGCUGGUCAAGAUAUCAAGAUUCACCAUCUAAGUGAGGCCUGUAGAUGGGGCGAUCACUACUUGGCCACUGACUCUUUUUUUUACAUCAUUAAAGGAGAUGAAUAUCGCAGAGUUACCGACCUGAGUAAAGACGAGGACGCUGUGGUUUACUCUCUUCAUCGCAACUGUCGCGGAGGAAGCGGCUACUACUCUGCCUUUGGUAAUUGGUACAUCGUAUUUGCCAACAGAGGUACCUACAGACGAGUGAGUAACAUGAACAAAGAUGAAGACGCAGUUGAAUAUAAGAUCCAUCAAGUGUUCCAAGAUGGCAUCUAUUUCUGGGGUACCAAUGAUUAUGUGUACUGUCUGAAGCAGGCUGGAAAAUGGGGUGUCACCUAUCACAGAAGCACCAAUAUGAACUUGAACAAAGAUUGCGGUGACUUCAGCGUUCACGAGUCAGUGCUCAAGUUUAUCCCUGGUGGUAUAGCACACACCCAUGGAAAAGUGUUCGGGUAUUGGAAAGAUGUAAAAUGUCUUCAAAAUGACUCCGACACCGCCAUUGAAUUGGAAAAAACCAUCAAGAAAACCGUUGGAUUUGACAGGAGCACAAUGUCCUCCAUAGAGUUCGAAUGGUCCAUCGAGAUGGGAAUAAGCGAAGAAGUAGGAAUCAAAGCCCAAAUUUCAGAAUUGAUUGAGGCUCUCUGUAAAGUUCAGUAUAGCCUCAAAGAGACGUUUGGUGGAAAGAUGGUCAACACAGAGCAGUUCAAGUGGAGUGACAUCACUAAAGAAGACGAAAACGUUGAGCUGAAAAUUCCACCGAACACCAAGCUGUACGUUUGGCAGUUUCAAAUGGGCUUUGGAAAGAAGAAGAACCUCUUCAGUUGUGACACUGCGAUCACAUACGGUAAAACACCACCUGAGGAAACAUUAAAGUAUUUUAUGCAUUAACCGUCAUCCUGAGUUGGGCUGAAUCGGCGCCUGUUUAAGAGUGUUUAAAACAGUGACACAAACGAACCUCAGUAUGAGAACUGUGAGUGCGUAAGUUUACUCUGAGUAGAUAUAAGUGUGUUUUGAAAUUUCUUAUCUGUGGACAUAAGUGUGUUUCGAAAUUUCUUAUCUUUUUCAUUUAAUCGUUGAGCAGCAGACAAUACGUGUUUUGAGAAUCAAUUAAUAUACUGCAUUAAGUAUAACACGAGUAAACUUUUUUUGUGUGUGCUUUCCUCAGAGUGUUUUUUUAUGGUCAUUUAUUCUUUGAUUUAUAUAGAUACUGUGCUGACAUGUCCAAAAGCUUAUCAGUACUGCUGUUAAGCGUAAGGCAAGUGAACUUUGUUUGAAACGCGAUAGAUCGAGAGUUUAAAGUGAACAUAAGUGCAUAUAUUUUUUAAUUUCGUGGUUGCCCCUCAUUGGUUCAAACAUGCUGCACCUAUUUAAAAGGAUAUUAAAGAACAGUUAAGUGUGAGACAUGCGAUUGUACCAGGGUCAGAAUAGCUACUAAUUGAGUUUACUUUGAAUGAAUGUGAAUUUGUUUUAAAUCACUCGUAUAUGUUUACGGACAGAAUUGGACGACACGAAGUCCUGUUAUCAGAAUGCAAACGACGACGGCAACCAGGACGUGGUAAACAGUUGUGGUAAACAUACCAAACGAGAUCUCUAGAGUACUAAAAAAAUACGUUCAACAAAUUAGGAAAUUUCUAUAAAGCUAAUAUUUUUAUUAGCGUGUUGGGGAGAGAUAAUUUACUCUCUUCUGUAGUCAGCGAAUCCUAUAUGUUCAAGACAUUGGCGCCGUUUUAGUCAAAUCAAACACUUACGAUGAAAGAAAACGUCAACACAUCGCUGUAACGUAAUUUCAAAAAGUAAAGGAAAUUAUUUAGACGGUUUGCGAUUCGGCAAAGCCAAUCGUAAUGAGAACAUUUCCAGGAGAAGACUGCAAGUCUCUCUAAAGAAGAAUUAAUUUUUUUAUUGGAAAGAUGAAAUCGAGAUAACAUCAGGGAAAGUGUAUUGAAGUUCUGUAAUGUUCA